AUGGAAAACCUGAGGUCUCCAUUCAAGGGAGUCGUCAAUGAUGUCAAAGGAAGGCUAGCUUGUUACAAAAAUGACUGGUUUGAUGCAUGUGGUUCGGGCGCAAGGAUAUUGGCUCCAACAGCAUACAUUUUCUUUGCUUCUGCUCUCCCAGUCAUCGCCUUUGGGGAGCAACUGAGUCGGGAAACAGAUGGAAAUUUGAGUACGGUUGAAACUCUAUCUUCAACUGCUAUCUGUGGAAUUAUCCAUGCAAUUUUCGGUGGACAACCAUUGUUGAUUUUGGGAGUUGCAGAACCAACAAUUAUAAUGUACACGUAUCUGUACACCUUUGCAAGAGCCAGGAUGGGAACAGAGCUGUACUUAGCGUGGGCCGGAUGGGUCUGUGUUUGGACUGCCUUCCUUCUGUUUCUACUUGCUAUAUUCAAUGCUUGCACGAUCAUCACCAGAUUUACAAGAGUGGCGGGGGAACUCUUCGGCAUGUUGAUCACUGUUCUUUUCAUUCAAGAGGCUAUCAAGGGCAUGGUCAGUGAAUUUCACAUUCCAAAAGGUGAAAAUGCGGCAGAAGAGAAGUAUCAAUUUCAAUGGCUCUAUGCUAAUGGUUUACUUGCUGUCAUAUUCUCUUUUGGUGUUGUCAUCACUUCCCUGAAGAGCAGAAGAGCUAGGUCUUGGCGCUAUGGUACAGGAUUUUUUCGGAGUUUUAUUGCCGACUAUGGGGUUCCGCUUAUGGUCGUGCUGUGGACAGCGUUAUCUUUUAGUAUACCUGGCAAAGUUCCUUCUGGAGUUCCAAGGAGGCUCUUCUGUCCUCUUCCUUGGGAAUCUGGAGCAUUAGCUCACUGGACAGUGAUUAAGGACAUGAGCAAGGUACCAACAGGGUAUAUUUUUGCUGCCUUCAUACCGGCUUUGAUGAUAGCGGGUCUAUACUUUUUUGAUCACAGUGUAGCUUCACAGAUGGCACAACAGAAGGAAUUCAACAUCAAAAAUCCUUCUGCUUAUCAUUACGAUAUCAUGUUGCUUGGAUUCAUGACUUUGAUCUGUGGAUUGCUUGGACUUCCUCCUUCUAAUGGCGUCCUUCCACAAUCCCCUAUGCACACUAAGAGUCUUGCGGUCCUCAAGAGGCAGUUAAUACGGAAGAAAAUGGUGAAGAGUGCAAAGGAGGGCAUGAAACAGCAAGCGAGCCACUCGGAGAUCUAUGGAAGAAUGCAUGCAGUGUUUCUUGAAAUGGAGAAUGCUCCAUCUCAUAAUGUAGAAAAAGAUUUGGCGAACUUGAAGGAGGCCGUCUUGAAACAUGACGAUGAAGCAGAAGUAAAUGGAAAAUUCGAACCAGAAAAGUGCAUUGAUCUCCACUUGCCUGUUCGAGUAAACGAGCAAAGAAUAAGCAACCUGCUGCAAUCUAUUCUUGUGGGGUUGUCUGUAAUUGCAAUGCCCGUGAUCAAGAUGAUACCUACCUCUGUUCUGUGGGGAUACUUUGCCUACAUGGCCAUUGACAGCCUCCCGGGCAAUCAGUUUUGGGAGAGGAUACUGCUGCUCUUCAUUCCUCCUGGGCGACGUUUUAAAGUCAUUGAAGGGCUUCAUGCUUCGUUUGUGGAGUCGGUACCAUUCAAGUACAUCUUCAUGUUUACUCUUUUCCAGUUUGCAUAUCUUUUGGUAUGCUUUGGAAUGACAUGGAUACCUAUUGCUGGAAUAUUAUUUCCGUUGCCUUUCUUCCUUCUGAUAAGCAUACGAGAACACGUACUCCCCAAGGUGUUUCCGCCAAAUUAUCUACAACAAUUAGAUGCAGCUGAAUAUGACGAAAUUGCUGGAUGUCCAUCUCGGGCAAGGAGUCUCUCCCUCAGAAAUCGAGAAUCAGUUGAACCUGAUGGUGAAGACUAUGCAUUUGAUGUAUCUUCUGAUGAAUUAUUGGACGAGAUGACUACUCGCAGAGGUGAAUUGAAGCGUAGGUCCGUGAGCUUCAACGAGAGGCAGGUUUUCCCUGAAGGACCUGACAGGAUAUAA